AUGAAAAACUGUAAGAAGCCGCCUCCAGGGGCCCACAUAGAGUCGCCUUUUUAUGCGGCGUCGCCGCCGGUCAUUAAAAUCCCCUCGUCUGAUUCUUCUUCCCUAUGUCGACGACAGCCCCCUGUUAUCACGCGGGGCAUCCCCCAAACUGUUGCCGCCCGAAAAAGGUGACAGAGAGAUUCCCCGAACUCUACAAAAAACUCAGGAGAGACAAAAAACUGGUUCCCUUCCGUUGGGUGCAACCGAACCCUACAGUCUCCUUUCCGUCGGAAAAUUCCAAGGAAACACCCCUUGAGUGA